AUGAGACCCUGGCAUCUCAUCUCCGGCUGGGAGGUCGGUGCUGCUUCUGCUCCUAGUGGGAAGCGCCGCAGCGGCAAGGGCAAGGGAGGCAAGAGUGGUGGAGGUGGCGGCGGGGGGGGUAGUAGUGGAGGCGGUGGAGGCGCUGGAGGUGGCGGAGGUGGCGGGGGGAGUGGUUGUGGGGGUGGGGGCGUCGGUGGCGGUGGUAGCAGCAGCGGUGGGGGCGGUGGUGGUGGUCGUGGCGGCAGUGGGAGUGGUGGGCGCGGUGGUGGCGGCAAUGGGAGUGGUGGCGGCGGUGGUGGCGGCAGUGGGAGUGGUGGCGGCGGCAGUGGUGGUGGUCGGGCUCAUUGCAGCGGCAGCACCAGCGGCGUCCACGUGAGACCCUCACCCCCCAGCAGCUUCGUGAGUGGUACGCUCAGCGUGGGGCGUCUGGGGGUAGUGCUCGCUGCCCGUACGUCAUUCGCACAGGUGACCACCCAGCACCACUGCUUCUCCCGCCUAGACGACGCUUGGCGCACUGAGUUUGGCGAUGAGGCAGAGAUUUCCCGCCGGGCAGAGCUGCUUAGGUCUGGUGUUGAUAUCUUUGCUCUUGACUAUGACGCUAUCCUUGCUGGCAUGUAUGCUUUGACUGUUAGUGCUGAGGGUGACUGUUACUUGUGUGUGCCGCCCGACCCUGGUAUAGAGGCUGCUGCUCUAGGUGCUAGUGAGUCUGCUCUCUUUGGUACUGCGCUUGCUGAGGCCUUGCACACCUUCACGCUUGACUCAGUGUCUGGCGGUUCCGUCUCAGGUCUCCACCUCCCCUCGUUCUUGACGAACUUGGUGAGUAAUGCAGUCCUUCAGGAUGCAUGGGUUGAUACCUUUACCCCUGGAGGCCAGCGUGUGGCGAUCUGCACGUGCUCCCGGACUGGCCGUCACCUGGCCACGUUCACCCGUCGGCCUUGGUCUAGUCUGUACACACUGACCACUGCGCCUCCUCCGGUAGCUGCGUCUGCUCAGGUGUCAGCGUCAGGUCAGGUAGCAGCCUCCUGCGAGUGUCGUCGCCUGUCGCACCAGACUCUCCUUUGGCACCACCGCCUUGGUCACCCUUCCCUGCCACGCCUCCGUGGCAUGCACUCCCGCCUCCUUGUCUCUGGUCUUCCCAGGUCUCUGCCUCCCCUCCCACCCUCGCCUGCCCCGCCCUGCAUUCCUUGCGUCGAGGGGCGGCAGCGCGCCGCUCCUCACUCCUCCUCGUUUCCCCCGACGACUGCUCCCCUGCAGACCCUCCACAUGGACGUAUGGGGCCCAGCCCGCGUCCAGGGACAGGGCCGCGAGCGGUACUUUCUGCUGGUUGUUGACGACUACUCGCGGUACACCACGGUCUUCCCCUUGCGCAGCAAGGGAGACGUCCCUGAUGUCUUGAUCCCUUGGAUCUGCACUGUCCGUCUCCAGCUCCACGAGCGGUUCCGCACGGACCUUCCUGUCUUGCGUCUGCACUCUGACAGAGGUGGUGAGUUUUCCUCCGACCUCUUGCGGGACUUUUGUCGUGGGGAGGGCAUCCUCCAGUCGUUCACACUUCCGGCCUCCCCGCAGCAAAAUGGGAUUGCUGAGCACCGCAUUGGCUUAGUCAUGGAGGUGGCUCGUACCUCCAUGAUCCAUGCGACUGCCCCCCAUUUUCUGUGGUCGUUUGCAGUCCGGUACGCUGCGCAUCAGCUCAACCUCUUGCCCCGUGUCUCCUUGCCGGAGACCUCGCCUACACUGCGUUGGAUGGGGGAGGUUGGCGAUGCGUCGGUGUUCCGGGUCUGGGGUUCUCGUGCCUUUGUCCGCGAUACCACCACGGACAAGCUCUCCUCUCGCGCCGUUCCUUGCGUCUUCCUUGGCUUUGUCCCUGACGCGCCUGGCUGGCAGUUUUACCACCCCACCUUGCGCCGUGUUCUGUCUCCUCAGGAUGUGACGUUUGACGAGUCAGCUCCCUUCUACCGUCUCUUCCCCUACCGCACUGCCCCUCUCCCCCCCCCGCCGCUCUUCCUCGCUCCAGGUCCCCCUCCGGUAGACCCCCUCCCCCCUCAGGGUCUUGCUCCUUCAGGUGUGUCUCAGGACGACCCGCCUCCCUUGGCUGAGCCUGUGGAGAUCACCGGUGACUCUGGUGCUGCUGGGGGUGGUGCUGCUCGGGGUACUGCGUCUGGGGGUGCUGAGCCUGAGCGUGCAGAGCCUGGGGGUGCUGAGCCUGAGCGUGCGGAGCCUGAGGGUGCUGAGCCUGAGCGUGCGGAGCGUGGGCGUGCUGAGCGUGUGCGUACAGAGCCUGAGGUUGCUGAGCCUGGGGGUGCUGCGUCUGAGGGUGCUGAGCCUGGGGGUGCUGCGUCUGGGGGUGCUGAGCCUGUGGGUGCGGCGUGA